AAAAAUACAUUUUACAAGUGUAAUAAACAAGGGCGCCAGGCACUGUUUCUUAGAACAUUUUACGCGUGUGACUUAUUAAAAGCACUUUAAGCGUCGUGAGUCAUGGAGCCAGAUAAAACACGGUGUUGGGAAUGUGACACACAUCAAGGGGACUGGUAAGCCAAAAGAAAUCGUUAAUCUCAUUUCAGAAUGCCUUAAAGUCCGGCCACUCAGGGAGGAUUAAGGAAUCGGGACAAUCAUUUCAUUUGUUGAAGCCUGUGAACAAAGGCCUGCUUAUUAUCCCUGCACACAACGGUCCGUUCAUCAUUUGGCUCAGCUCGUUUGUUGAAUUACACAGUGGAGCUGCGUAAACGGGCGACAGCCUCUACGUAUCUAUUAAAUACGAGAUGCUACCUUUGCUGAUCACCCACUGGGACCGUUAGGAUAAUAACAGGCUUUUUCCAUCGGAGACGACGGCUGCUUUGCCAGUGUUGCAACAAACGGUAAGCGAAACAGAAGUGAAUAUCAGAAGGGCAGUCAAAGCACUGCUAGUAAUUUGUAACAAUUGGAAUAAAAAGUCAAAAGUCAGAAUUUAGGGAUAUACGAUAUAAUGGCUGACAGCACAGCUUCAGAGAAGUUGGAUCUGGAAGAGAGGAGAGUAUCGUCUGGAGUGGCGGAUGUCAGUGGUGGUAUCGGCGAUACCUCGUUACUGGUACCGACGAUGCAAGUGGCCACUGAAGAUGAUGACAGUGUUUUUUACAGCGAGAAAGAUUUCGUUCCAAUCAGGGCUUGUCAUGGUCCCGCUCUGACUUCGGCUGAUCUAACGGGAGUCGGCGGAGACCCCAACCAUUUGCGCUUCACCAUAACCUCGGAGCCGUGGGAAAGCCGGGCUGAGCCUGCGGUGAGGCUGCCUGCGGUGGGCACCUCCACUCCCCCUGCUCCCUCUGUCCCAGAAGAUCAGAGAGACCUCAUGCUGGAGAAAAACAUGAUCCAUCCAAUGGAUUUCGAGGAUCUGAUUCCAGUGGACCCCAGAACCAAAGGGUCAGAAAAAAUAUUAACCAAUAGCCCUGCUGAAGUCCCGAGACGGCUGAAAACACAGAAGGAGGUGGAGGUCCAGACCCUGGAGGAUUUUGAUCCGUGGAGGGAAACUGCUCUCUCACUGGGGCUGAAACUGGAGGGCUUUGCCCCCCAGUCCGCACCCACCCCUUCUCCCGAGAAGGAGUCGAACCAGGAGAACGGAGAAGAGAGGAUUCCGCUCCGACGACUGACCGAAAAGGAGAUACUGAAUCAAGAGCAGGAUGUGAAGGAAGGGGGUGAACAGGGGGAAGUUAGCGAGAGAUAUCACAGCAGUUCUGAGCUUGGUGAGGAAACGCCCUCUGCUGGCGACAGGAAGAAAUCCACCGACCCUGACUUCAUGUCCAAAUACAACACAGUCUCCUACCGAAAGAUCCGCAAGGGAAACACCAGGCAGAAAAUCAAUGAAUUUGAGUCCAUGAUGAACUAAAACUAAAGAUACAAAUGCGGGGGCCAGACAAUGAAAAGGCACAGACCGGAAUAAACAUUAAUGUUUAAAACAUCUUGUUCCAUAUCCAUUAAUGAGAUUAAUAUUUGUGUUGUGUGCCGAGAUAAUGGACUCACUAUGUUUUCAUAGUUUAUGAUCUAUUUAAUGUUUUUUAGUUUCAAAACAGAUCAUUCCAUCUUCUUGGAAAUAUUACGCAUUAAUUGCUCUCAGAAAUGCGUAAUUGAUGGAGCGUUACUAAUUACGUCCUGUAAUUGUCAAUACUGGUAUCUCACGAAACUGAAGAUUGGAAUCCAUUGUGUUAGACCCUGUUUUUAAUGAGUAUGUUCAAUUUGGGAAUUUGCCUAAUUCCUUUGUAAAUGUAGGUAGCUUUGGUAAAAUAAAAAAAAAAGCCUAACUCAAAGGGAAUGUAUCAAAAUAAGAGGCUUAGUAGCUGUUAAUCUUACUAGUACAUAUCAACAACAAUGCUAACCAUCAUUUGUAGUGCUUAUGUUUCUUAUUUUUAGGGCAUACCUUUGUAACAAUUUCUUAUCUUGGUAUUUUUAUGCUGGCAGUUACAUUAAGAAAUACUUUAAACCAAUAUUUGUCCCUUUUGGUGAUGAGUAUUAAUAGUUUUAAACAACAUAACAGCUCAUGCGUAAAGGUCAACUGGAAAAAUAUUUCGUUUGGAUAUGAGUAUGUAUUCUCACCGGUCAUACGGUUCCGUUGUAGCAGAUGCUAUUGUAAAUAAAGGCUCUUUCCUUUCAGCA